AUGACUUUCACAUCUAGACAAGGUGAAACACUCUACGACAAGAUGGAACACUCUGCGACAAGAUGGAACACUCUGCGACAAGGUGGAACAAUCUACGACAAGGUGGAACACUCUGCGACAAGAUGGAACACUCUGCGACAAGGUGGAACACUCUACGACAAGGUGGAACACUCCACGACAAGGGGGAACACUCCACGACAAGGUGGAACACUCCACGACAAGGGGGAACACUCCACGACAAGGUGGAACACUCCACGACAAGGUGGAACACUCCACGACAAGGUGGAACACUCCACGACAAGGUGGAACACUCUACGACAAGGUGGAACACUCUACGACAAGGUGGAAAAAUCUAUGACAAGGGGGAACACUCUACGACAAGGUGGAACACUCUACGACAAGGUGGAACACUCCACGACAAGGUGGAACACUCCACGACAAGGUAGAACACUCUACGACAAGGUGGAAAAAUCUAUGACAAGGGGGAACACUCUACGACAAGGUGGAACACUCUACGACAAGGUGGAACAGUCUACGACAAGGGGGAACACUCCACGACAAGGGGGAACACUCUACGACAAGGUGGAACACUCUACGACAAGGUGGAACACUCCACGACAAGGGGGCACACUCCACGACAAGGGGGAACACUCUACGACAAGGUGGAACACUCUACGACAAGGUGGAACACUCCACGACAAGGUGGAACACUCUACGACAAGGUGGAACACUCUACGACAAGGUGGAACACUCCACGACAAGGUGGAACACUCCACGACAAGGUGGAACACUCUACGACAAGGUGGAACACUCUACGACAAGGUGGAACACUCCACGACAAGGGGGAACACUCCACGACAAGGGGGAACACUCCACGACAAGGUGGAACACUCCACGACAAGGUGGAACAAUCUACUACAUAGUGAAACCAUCAAUUGGAAAGAAAGAGCGACCAACUGCAUAGUGUUACCACAAUAG